ACGGGACUAGUAUCCAGUUAGCUACACAGAUAGCUAGCUAGCUAUCACUUUACAACAUUUCUCGUCAGCCGUGGAGGGCGUAUGGUCUCUAGUUACGCUAGCGGACUUCUUACUGUGGCAUUGACACAGCUGGCUACUGUAACGUUAGUUUGCUGUCAGUCACUCAGGGAUCAUUGCUAGCUAGCCAGCUAGCUAACGUUAGCCUGAAAUAAUAGUCACUGGUUGUGUGGCCAAGUAACCUUAGCUAGCUAGAUAGGUCCCUUCACAAAUGUAGUGACCACAAACCUCAAGCUCAAAAAUCCCUCUGACAGAAAAGUAUGCUUCAAAGUGAAGACUACAGCACCUCGCCGGUACUGUGUAAGGCCCAACAGCGGCAUGAUUGAGUCCGGAGCCACUGUCACUGUCUCAGUAAUGCUGCAGCCCUUUGACUAUGACCCCAAUGAAAAAAGUAAACACAAAUUCAUGGUACAGACAAUCUUUGCACCAUCCACUGCUACAGACAUGGAUGCAGUGUGGAAAGAUGCAAAGCCAGACGAUCUCAUGGACUCCAAGCUGAGAUGUGUGUUCGAACUGCCCUCUGAAAACGAUAAAAUGCCUAGCGGUAGUGCCAGGGAGACCUGUGGUAGGGCCAUGGAACUCAUCACCCCAGGGCCAGGGCAGACCCCCAAGCUCAGCACCAGGCACCUGGGGGACAGAGCAGCCUUCACCCCCGGAGAGUACCGCACCCCCCUGGGAACCAGGCACCACCUGGCAGCCAGCGAUCUCCCAGAGUUCAUGUCAGCACCCAGCUCAGUGCGAGGCAGGCAGUGGCAGAAUGAUGUUGAUGCAUCCAAAGCUGCCCCCGUCCUCAACUCCAAAGCUGACGGCACGUCGGCGCCCAAGCCAAUCAGCGUGUCCAUGGACGACUCUGAGAUGAAGAAACUGAUGGACGAGUGCAAGAGGCUGCAGUACGAUGUGGGCAAACUCUCCGACGAGAACAGACAACUCAAGGAUGAGGGCCUGAGGAUGAGGAAGUCCCACCGGCCAGACAACAUAGUCUCCAGCUCGGGCGCCAUGAUGAGCAAACAGCAUUCUUCCAGCUCCCUCCCCUCGCUACUGGUCGUCAUAGCAGCCAUCUUCAUCGGAUUCUUCCUAGGGAAGUUGGUGUUGUAGGGGCGGGGUGAGAGAGAAGGGAAGUGAGCCGGCGUGGGCCCGUUUGUCUCUGUAAGGGCCUGGUCGUAGCACCAGCUCACACCGUACGUACAUAUGUUCUGUGUACCGAAUCAUAAACAGGCCUCGCCUUUUACAAUCUCACACGGUUAGUACACGUGGAAAAACAGAGGAAUGAGCUUUCUCCUUUUUUUGG